AUGUUCUCACUCUCAACCACCCGCGCGCAAUGUCUACGUCGUGCAUACCCUCGUUCUAUACGACAGUCAUGGCGAUUCCAACCUCCAAGGCGUCACGCGACAGCGACAGCCAUACCGACAGGAGCCACAGGAAAUACGGACCAUGUCGAACCUACAGAAUCUCUAUCUAAUGUUCUAGAAAGCGGAUUCAUAGACCUCAAACCAAAUGAAGGACUUCUAUUCUACGAUAAUAUCUACCCCGUCUUCUCCGCCUUCCUCGAUACCCGCUUCAUCCCCGUCCGUCUCGACCAAAUCUCAUCCGCCGAAAAGCUGAUAAAAUACUCAAUCCCCAAGGAGUUCCCCAUAAAAGUCAACCAAGUAAUCCCACGUGUCAAAGAAGGCGGUGCAUUCGUCAAAUUCGUAAAACCUGCGAACACAACCGAUCGCGAAGUCGAACAGCAAAUGCAAAAUUUACUCCAACAAAACAAAAUUCGACCGUGGUAUAGUCCGUUCGGUCAAGUUCGAUGUUUCCUAGUCGAAGGGAGACCGUGGUUGGAAGAUCUACAAAGAUUUCCUGCGGCGAGAUUAAAAGUUGAAUUCGAGGGACAGGAUGUUUCUCCUGAGCAGUUAUAUACGACGUUUAGACGAUUUGGAAGGUUAAUCGAUAUCAAUCCGCUACCAAAGGACUCGAAGGAACUGCCAAGAUAUGCAUACCUUACCUUCGGGAAAAUCCGAAGUGCAACCGCAGCGAGAAAUUGUCUUCACGAUCUCAGAAUAAAAACUGCAGAUGGGAAAGAAACACAAUUGAGAAUUUUAUAUUCCCGAACUGUAAAGGCUCAUACGAUCAGAAAGUGGAUUAUUGACCAUCCAAAAAUCGUCCUUCCAAUAAUUCUGGCUUUCAUAGCAGCAAUCGCAAUAGCGGUAUUUGAUCCAAUCCGCACGUUUUUCGUCGAAGCCCACAUCACACACUCGCUAGACUUCGGAUCCAAAGCAUGGACAUGGUUCAAAGGCGCCGCAUCUACCUAUUUAAUCCUCAACAAGAAACCAGGCACGGAAGGUUCCGGAGACCUAUCAGUCCUCUGGGAAGAACGAAAAGAAACCGUCGAAACACUUAAAUCAUGGCUACUAGAAACCACAGAAACCUUCAUCGUAGUACAAGGACCCCGUGGAUCUGGAAAGCGAGACCUCGUUCUCGGUGACGUUCUGAAGGACUGGAAACAUACACUCGUUUUCGACUGUGAACCCGUUCAAGACGGCCAUGGAGACGCUCAAAUCAUCAGGGCCGCAGCAGCUCAAGUUGGUUACAGACCGGUAUUUGGCUGGUUAAACUCCAUAAACAGCUGGGUCGAUCUCGCCGUCCAAGGUACCCUAGGUACCUCAGCCGGCCUCAGCGAGACUCUAGAAACCCAAUUCACCAAAAUCCUCCAAAACACCGCUACAGCCCUCAAAAAUGUCGCCAUCUCCCAACGCCAAAAGACCGACAAAGACAUCUCCCUUAACGACGACGAAUGGCUAGAAGCCCACCCAGAAAAGCGUCCAGUAGUAGUAAUCGAUAACUUCCUCCACCGCACCGACGUCGCCGGCGAAAAAAUCUACCAAAGACUCUCCGACUGGGCCGCAUUACUCGUCUCCGCCAACGUCGCUCAUGUAAUCUUCAUGACUAACGACGUUUCAUUCUCAAAACAACUAGCAAGAAGUCUUCCAGAUAGAGUCUUCAGAACUGUAAUGCUAGGCGAUGCAUCCCCUGAAGCCGCAAAACGUUAUGUUCUAUCACAUAUCCACAGCGGUAUGUCAGAUGAAGAAAAAUCAAAGGAAAUAGAAGAACUAGAUAGUUCGAUCGACCAACUCGGCGGCCGUCUAACAGACCUCGAAUUCCUCGCCCGAAGGAUCAGAACCGGUGAAAUGCCCGCACAAGCAGUAUCAGAAAUCGUAAAAACUUCUGCGAACGAAAUCUUAAAACUCUACUUCUUGGGCGACCCGGCGAAGAGGUCAUAUACCAAAGAACAAGCGUGGACACUCAUCAAGAUGUUCGGAAACGGCAAAGAAGACCAAUUACGAUACAACGAAGUUCUUCUCCACGGAAUUUUUAGCAAAGGUGGCGAAGAGGCAAUACAAGCCCUCGAACAGGCAGAAUUCAUCACCAUCGUUUCUGCGGAGGGUAGGCCUUGGGCUAUCAAACCCGGGAAACCUGUGUAUCGCGCUGCAUUCAGGAAAUUACAGAGCGAUAAGGUCUUACAAGCAAAAUUGGAUAUUGACGUUGCAACAGAGUUGACAAAAACGGAAACAGCUAACGUGGCUAAAUACGAAACCGAACUCACGACGUUGGCUCAACUUCCUUCGAAGCCGUGGGAGAUAGCUGCUAGGGUAUCAUACCUACUAAAGAAGCUACAAGCGAGUCAGGUGAAGAUCGAACAGUAUGAGAAGGAAAUUGGAGCUUUGAAGAAAAUCCUGCAAAGCGAGUUUUAA